AUGACCCAGGCUAUCUCAACCUCGUGCCCCCCCAUUAUGGAGGGGAGCGCCCGAGCGCCCGUGAUCCAUCUCCCCGACGGUCAAGUCCAGAGGUCCUCCACGCUCCUAUCGCCGACCCCAAAUCCCACCCACUAUCGCAGCGGUCAUGUCAACCUUGACACCUUCUCACCCGUCAAUGAGAACGGUAGCUUCGAGUUCGACCGAGUCAUCAAGACUGGAAAAGUGUUUCGUCGUGUGAAGCACAAGCAUGCCUUUAGAGCUUCGUGGAAACCGGCUUACCUUGUCCUCCGCCCAAACCUUCUUUCCGUGUACAAAGAUGAAGAAACCACCCGCCUCCGUGCCUCCAUCACCUUGUCUGAAGUAACGGCUGUCGCUUCUGUCCGAUCGCCCCGAUCGAACCGACAGUACGUCUUCGGCAUAUUCUCUCCUUCCAAAAACUAUCGCUUCCAGGCCGCGACGGACAAGGAGGCCGAGGAUUGGAUCAGAUACAUCCGCGCCGAGACACGGAUGGACGAAGACGAAGAGGCUUUUCUGGCGCUGUCCAAACCGGGGGAUGCUGCGGCAGCCAGCAGUAAGCGUCGAGUAUACGAUACCACGGACCACUCGGACUUCGACCAGCGCGGACGGCCCAGCUCUCCCGAACUUGGGGGUGCGCUGUCGCCCGCGUACAAGUCGAGGCGCUUCGCCUCUCCGCAUGACCACUCGGCGAACGACAUCACCUCGUACUCGGAAUGGUCGGACGGGCCAGGAAGCAACACCAGCGUCCGCCUGCGGUCGCCCUCGGCGCACAAUCGAUCUGCAUCGGCCCUUGCGGAGGGAUCGGCCUCGAAUGCGCGGGAGACGGGCCGGGUCAACGACGCCGGGGUCCUGCGUGAUCCCGAAAGGGUCGUGUGCAACGGCUAUCUCCAGUGUCUUCGGAUCAAGGGUUCUAUGCGGCAAUGGAAGCGGUUAUGGGUGGUUCUCCGACCGAGUGGCCUGGGGUUUUACAAGGAUGAGCAGGUGGGGUCUUCUUUCGAAUACUCCGCCAUCAAAAUCAUCCCGAUGUCUCAAGUGAUUGACGCCGCCGAAAUCGACCCCAUGUCCCGGUCCAAGAAUUUCUGUCUGCAGAUCAUCGCGGAGGAGAAAUCUUAUCGCCUCUGCACGACGGACGAGGAAUCGCUGGCCAAAUGGCUGGGAUCGCUGAAGAGUAUCCUCGUGGCGCGCAAGAAACUCGAACCUACCCCAGCAGGGACCACAGGCGCAGCCGGACUGUCCUGA